UGGAGCGGUUGAAUUACGGACACAGAGCUGGAGUGAGUGACUGAGAGGCUUUGUGUUAGUGUGCGGUUCUCCGGAUUAGGAGAGAUCAGAUGAGGAGAGGACUACAGCUCUACUCUCCUCUGCACUGGAGGAUUUCUUACCAGAUGAUGCUUUUACUAAAGUCAGGACUUCAAAAACUGGAUUGUUUGUCAUCAGCUUCUGUCUGCACAGCUGCUCUAUGGUCCUUUACAGAGGAAAUGAUGCCACUUGUCUCACUACGCCUGAGGUCUUGCCACAGGGAAGUCUUCCACCUGUCAUCAUCACUCAAGGGGUAAAAGGAGUGCAUCCUGGGCCAUGACUGCACUGCUUUCCAACGUGAGUGUUCCUGGGAGCGCAACAGGUCUGCUUCAGGCUACGGAUGCUCCUUUUAAUCUGACUGGAGAUGCCCAGGCGGGACUCGAAUCAUGCUAUUCACUGGCCCCUCUCUGUACCCUUUGCUGCUGUGGAUUUAUCAAUCGUGCUUUGGCAGUAGUGUUCAUGGUCAGCCUGGCGUUCGCCAUAGUGGUUGGAAAUGUGGUCACCCUUACUGUCUUUGUGCAAACGAGGCAGUCCCGUACGCCACAGGGAUACCUGAAAGUCUCUCUGGCCAUAGCAGACAUGAUGGUUGGUGUCCUUGUGGUCCCUUUCUCUGUCUACACUGAGAUCUCACUGAUGGUGACAAGUGCUCCUCCUAUCUGGUAUCAGGGUAGCACGACUUCCCCAGCCGCCUCCUCUUCUGUUGGGGGAACAGUAAGCCCUUGGCAGCCCUGCAUGUUGAUCGGCCCAGUGUUUGCUGGAUGCACCUUUGUCUCCAUUAGCACCAUCUUCCUCAUGACACUUGAGCGAAGUGUUGCAAUCCUACGGCCACUCCACAAGGACGCCUUAGUGACCCGCAGGCGAACUCUGUUCCUUAUACUGCUGUCUUGGGCUGCUAGCUUCUUGUUGGCUUUAGCACCUCUCCUCUUCAGCAGCAAUUUCACUCUAGAGUACAAUGAGUGCAGUCGCAUGUGUAACUACACCCCUCUGUUGUUUGGGGGCCAGCUGCCAUCUGAUGCCAACAUUUUGCUCUUGUUCCCAGCGUUUGACUUCACACUGCUUGGUGGCACAUUAGCUGUCAACAUUGUGUCUUUCACCAGCAUCCGACAGUAUUCAAGAAAACGCAAACUGCUCUCGGAGGGGAGCCUGAGUGACGGAGGGGGAGGAGUGGGAACAGGAGGGGGAGGAUGCCCUCACAGGCCUUCCUUUUCAGACAUCAAAGCUGCCAAGACAAUUGGCAUACUAACAUUCGCCUUCACAGCAUCCUUCACUCCCAUCGCAGUAUUUGUACUGGGGAACGUAGUGGGAUACACCUGGUGUAACUUUUCCUUUUUUGCCUUCUGGAUCCUGACAGGAAACAGUUGCUGUAAUGUGAUUAUUUACAGUGUCAGGGACCACCGCUUCAGGAAGGGUGUAACCCUGCUCUUUCAGCGAGACAGGUCACCCCCACAUGGGGAGAAAAACUGAGGGAUAGGGGGAUUUAUAAGCAGCAAGCUUGUGUUUUGUGACCGCAUUCAGGUAUAUUUGAUUUUAAAGGAAUACUUUUGCAUUUUUGGAAAAUAUGAAUUUCAUUUUCAUGCUGAAUAUCAUACAUAUCCUUUUUCUAAAUCACUAAGCAGGAGCCAGAACAUAGUAAACAUAUGUUUGCAUUUAAAACAGUGGAUCAGGAAGAAACCGCGAGAUUGGCUCUGACCAGAUGGGAUAGAAUUUGCCUACCAGCAGCUGAAUAUCUCUAUUUACAUGGUAAAACCUGCACAUCUUGUUUUAAGGAGGUUAUACUGCUCACACUGAUAUAUUUUAAAGCACUUGUGUUACUGUACAGAAAAACAAACAUUUUGACCUAAUUUUGUUGCCUCCUAAUAAAGCCAGACAAGGUGCUUUUGCCAUUUCCUAUUUUUAUGCUAAACUAAGCAGACUGUACUGGUUCAUGCCUUUUUGUGUGUGAUAGUGGUAUCAAUUUUCAAAUCUUACAUUUGGCAUGAAAAAGAAUAAAAGGGUGCACUCACACAAAGGAAAAAAAAUCCUGUACCCUGCUGAAAUAUGAUCCCCCUCUUUUAGUGUGUGACAGGCUAAACUUCCUGGCUUUGAGUCAUUUUGGUCAGGUCUAGCUCUCUAACACUCCGCCAUUGCUUAAAAUGAUUGCCGAGAGGAGAUUUUCUCGAUUGUAUGUGACAUCUGUGCCCCAACCUGUGCUUUUGUACAUGCAAAAGUUCACUUUUUGUAUCGAUGUCAGGGAUCCUACUUGAGCAGGGUGCAGAGCACUUUGGCUAGUCCAACAGAGUUUGGGGCUCAAUCAUGCUUGAGCAGGGUACAGACUAUUUGGUAUAAGGGCGCCCUAGGUCUAUGUCCCCAAUUAUCACCUUAUUUGUAAUUCAAAUUAGGGCUGAACAAUUUGGGAAAAUAAUCUAUUUCUGAUUAUUUUCUCCAAUAUUGUGAUAGUGAUUUAAAAUGUGAUUAUUUUUAGGUCCCUCAUCUUAUAUAUUAUUUAACAAAUAUAAGCAUAAAUCAUUCUAUAUUAUAACCAACACAAUAUUAGAAAAAUAUCUAAUUGGGAUUUUGGCUCAUAUAGAAAAUUUGAUAUAGAUUGCUGUACUAAAGGGAUAAUAAUUUUUUUAUGUUAUUCUCAUCUUGAUUAAGAAAAAUAUCUACACGAACAGGGAAAGUAGGAUUUUAGUAAACUAUUCUGAAAAAAAAAGACACUUGUAUGUAUGCACAAUGUGUAGAGCAUGAAACCUCUGCUGCAAAAGCCUGUAUCAAAUUGGUAUUUGGAUGCAUUUCAGGAUAAAAAAAAUAUUGCACUGUCUGCGAUUUGAAAAUUGCAGCAAGCCAUAUUGCUAUUCAACCUAACUUGCAACUAACUGCCCAGCUCUACUUCAAAUGUCAACAAUGUGAAAUAGGUAAAGUCAUUGUACAAAGAUUUUUAAAAAAUCAGUGCUGAGAAAUGUAAAUGGAAGAAAAACUUUCAAGUUUCUAACCCCCGGCAACUAACCCUCCUUUCUUCUAUUUACAGAUCUCUUUCUCACAAUUCUACAUCAGAGUGCUUUACAAGCCUUUUCAUAGAAGCCAAACCUACAGUACCUCUGUCAACAUUAUCAACAUCAAUAACAGCAGAGAUUUUUUCUCUGUAAUAGAUGGGAAGAUUACAAAUGUUCACAUCUAUAGUCUCUUGUGAUAAAAAUCUGCCUCAAAUAUCAUCAAUGCACUUUAUUUGUUACUACAGUGCUUAUUUUCAUUGUAACAAAUGUCUGACAAAUGUAAUUGUAAAAUUUGUUUUAAUAGUAAUAAUAACUGUUUAAAUGUUUGAAGCAAUUGUGAAUGAAAAAUAAUCUGAAUUUUAUUCCAACAGUACAAACUAGAUUAAUGAGAUGCCAAUCAGAGAGAUUUAGUACAUAAAAAGCAUAAUGUUGAUUAAGACCUUCAAACUGUGCCAGUCUGUCUCUUCAGGGUUCACGAUUUUCAUAGUGAUUCACUGCUCUGUCAAUUGGUAGCUUUUGUUUUGGAGUCUGAAUUGUGCAAUUUGACUAUAAAGCAAUAAAGUUAAAAAAGAUUAAAGACAAUAUUAAAGCGUUAAAUGGCUGCAUGCAAAAACUUCUUGGCUCAUAUUUAUUAUGGGAGCUUGACAGAUUGUCAUGCAGCCCAAUUCUCAGCAAGAUGACCAGAUAAAUGUUCAUUAUCACUCAAAUGUCAAACAAAUCCUCUAAAGCCAACUGAUAAACAUUAUAGAACAUUUCUAUGGAAUCACUUAACUUACAAUACCUGAUCUGGAUGUACUUUAAGUUGCUACAAUCAAAGACAUCAGGGAACCAAAAGAAAACUAAUGCAGUAUAUGAACAAGUUGUGAGAAUGUCACUGAAUAAUGAAUGAUUUUUAAUGUACAAACCUAGAGAAAUCUACCCUUUUUCAGCAAAAAGGGUAAUUAUUUUUCUAGUACUAAAAUCUGUCAAUAUCAUGGGAACGUUUGAAAUUCACAGUAUGUCUUUCUUUGUGGAAAAAAAGUGUUACUAUAUGCUGACAUUUAAUCACUGUACAGAACUGUAUUAAUAUCAUUGGUCAGUGUUGAAUGCAUCAGAUCUGGUCAAAAUAAAUGUG